AUGGUGAAUACAGGUAUGCAGCUGAUCAGCUUCACCUGCGCUGUUACUGGCUGGGUGAUGGCUAUCGCAGUGACCGCACUGCCCCAGUGGAAGGUUACAGCUUUCAUUGGGCCCAACAUCCUGACCUCGGAGAUCGUGUGGCAGGGCAUCUGGAUGAACUGCAUCUACCAGACCACUGGGCACAUGCAAUGCAAGACUUAUGACUCCUUGCUAGCGCUUCCGCCAGACAUCCAGGCAGCCCGUGCCCUCAUGUGCGUGGCCAUCUUCCUGGGCUGGCUGUCCUGCACGGUGUCCUGUUGUGGAAUGAAGUGCACCACUUGCGCCGGGGAUGAUCGCCAUGCCAAGGCUGGCAUAGCGCUGUCCGGCGGGGUGCUCUUCAUCCUAACAGGCCUGUGUGUACUCAUCCCCGUGUCCUGGACAGCCAACACAGUGGUGCAGGACUUCUAUAACCCCAACGUUCCUAUCCAGAAGAAGCGUGAGCUGGGCCAAGCCAUCUAUCUGGGCUGGGCAGCCGCAGUCAUUCUCAUCAUCAGCGGCAUCGUGCUGAGCUCCACCUGCUCCUACAUCGAGAACGGACACUACAGACGUGGCUACAUGGGCCGCAGCUUUGCUAAUUCUAGGCCGUCCCCGCUGGAUCCCCCAAAACCCAUCACCACCAACAGUGUGCCCCUUAAGGAGUAUGUCUAAGGUGGAAGGCAAGUGAUAGCAUUUCCAUAAGACUUAAAUGGAGAUACAUCAGGGUCAGUCAUGUAAAAUA